AUGGUGUCUGAAAACAAGCCUGGCCUUGAGUCAGGCGCCGCUCUCAUGGCCCAUGGCCCUCACGCAUUGCACGACCAUAUCGCGACAAGAUUCGAGGCUGCAAUGGGGCGCUCGCUGCCUCAAACGGAAAUACGCUUCAGCAACCUGUCCAUCUCGGCUGACAUCGUCGUGGCAGAUGACGACACGACCCACGAACUACCAACACUCUGGAACUCGAUCAAGAAGAAAACUACAGCCUUCUCAUCGAAGAAGAACGUUGUCCGCAAAGAGAUUCUUAAGAAUGUCAGUGGAGUCUUCAAGCCGGGCACCAUCACGCUCGUUCUGGGCCAACCUGGAUCUGGUAAGUCAUCGUUGAUGAAGAUUCUAAGCGGUCGGUUCCCCAAGGACAAGAACGUCACGGUGGAAGGUGCCGUGACCUACAAUGGUGAGCUGCUCGAGAACCUUUCGAAGCGUCUACCGCAGUUGGUGUCCUACGUCCCCCAACGCGAUAAGCACUUCCCUUUGCUGACCGUGAAGGAGACGCUGGAGUUCGCUCAUGAGUUCGCUGGUAAGAAGUUGAUUCACGAAGGAGAACAACGGCUUACCAAGGGCUCGGUUGAGGAAAACAUGAAUGCUUUGAACGUCUCGAAAGCCCUUUCUGAUCACUACCCGGAUGUUGUUAUCCGUCAACUCGGUCUCGAGAACUGCCAGGACACGAUUGUCGGGGAUGUGAUGCAUCGCGGUGUGUCGGGUGGAGAGCGCAAGCGAGUCACGACUGGAGAAAUGGAGUUCGGAACAAAGACUGUGGUCUUGAUGGACGAGAUCAGUACCGGUUUGGACAGUGCUGCCACGUUCGACAUCAUCAACAUGCAGCGUAGUGUGGCUACCAAGUUGAACAAGACAGUCGUGAUCGCGCUGCUCCAGCCUGCUCCCGAGGUCUUUGAUCUCUUUGACGACGUGCUGAUCCUGAACGAAGGUGAAGUGAUGUAUCAUGGGCCUCGAGAGGAAGUGGAGAGCUACUUCGCGUCGAUGGGGUUUGUUCGACCUCCUGGACGGGACCUGGCCGACUACUUGCUGGAUCUUGGAACCAAGCAGCAACGUCAAUACCAGCAAUCAUUACCCGUUGGAGUAACCACCUUCCCACUUAUACCCAGCGAGUUUGGCAGCAUUUUCCGACAGUCGAGAGUUCACCAGAACAUGCUGCGUAAAAUGGAGGCACCUCACAGACAAGAACUACUGGACACCAAGGCUGAGGAUAUGGAUUCAGUCCCGGAAUUCCAACAAUCUUUCUGGGAGAACACAGCCACACUUAUGCGCAGACAAGCGAUGCUGACCGUAAGGAACACAGCCUUUCUUCGUGGCCGAGCAAUCAUUAUCAUCGUCAUGGGGCUGAUCAAUGCGUCCACGUUCUGGGACGUCGAUCCGAAGAACGUCCAAGUGAUGCUAGGAGUCUUGUUUCAGUCAAUUCUCUUCUUGGCUCUUGGUCAGGCUUCCCAGAUCCCAACGUUCAUGGCAGCCCGAGACAUUUUCUACAAGCAACGCGGUGCAAAUUUCUACCGUUCAUCGGCGUACGUGCUUUCCUGUUCCGUCGCCCAACUACCGUUUGCUGCGGGCGAGAGUUUGGUGUUUGGCACGUUGAUCUAUUGGCUCUGUGGCUUCGUGAGUUCUGCCGAGCAUUUCGUUAUCUUCAUGGUUCUACUGAUCCUGACGAACAUGGCGUUUGCAGCCUGGUUCUUCUUCGUUACGGCUAUUGCCAGAGACAUCCACGUUUCGAAGCCUAUUGCCAUGAUCUCGAUCGUUUUCUUCAUUGUUUUCGCUGGCUUCGUCGUCUCGAAAGACCAAAUACCGGAUUAUUUCAUCUGGAUUUACUGGAUCGACCCUAUUUCGUGGUGUCUGCGGGCGAUGGCAGUCAAUCAGUAUCGCUCAGCUACGUUCGAUGUUUGUGUGUAUGAAGGAACAGACUAUUGCGCGCAGUUUGGGAUGAAUAUGGGCGAGUACUACAUGUCGUUAUUCGAAGUUUCCUCCGAGAAAUAUUGGAUCGCGUGUGGUGCUAUCUUCAUGGUUGUAGCGUACACGGCGUUUAUGGGUCUUGGAUUCAUUGCACUCGAGUACAAGAGAUACGAAAGUCCCGAGCACGUGGUGUUAUCGAAGAAGGAGGCAGCAGAUGACGGCAGCUAUGCACUGUUGGCAACACCCAAGGCAGGAUCAAUCGUCAAGGACUCAGCAAUUCUCGAUGUUAAGGAGCAGGAGAAGAGUUUUAUCCCGGUGACGCUGGCCUUUCAAGACUUGUGGUACUCGGUCAAAUCGCCAUCUAACCCGAAAGAAUCGCUUGACUUGCUGAAAGGCAUCAGUGGGUUUGCUUUGCCAGGCUCCAUCACUGCACUUAUGGGCUCUUCUGGUGCUGGAAAAACGACACUGAUGGACGUGAUUGCCGGUCGGAAGACGGAAGGGACCAUCAACGGCAAGAUCCUGCUUAACGGCUACGAAGCUACAGACCUGGCCAUUCGACGAUCAACGGGUUAUUGCGAGCAAAUGGACAUUCAUUCCGAAGCCGCUACGUUCCGAGAAGCUCUCACAUUCAGCUCAUUCCUUCGUCAAUACAGCAGCGUUCCUGACAGCAAGAAAUACGACUCGGUGAACGAGUGUCUGGACCUCUUGGAUAUGCACAACAUCGCCGACCAAAUAAUUCGAGGCAGCUCAAUGGAGCAGAUGAAGCGCUUGACGAUCGGAGUUGAGCUGGCUGCACAACCGAGUGUGAUUUUCCUGGACGAGCCGACGAGUGGCUUGGAUGCUCGCUCAGCCAAAAUGAUCAUGGAUGGCGUUCGUAAGGUGGCUGACAGCGGCCGUACUAUCGUGUGUACGAUCCACCAGCCGUCUACCGAAGUGUUUCUCUUGUUUGACAGUUUGUUGCUGCUUAAACGCGGUGGCGAGACGGUUUUCUUCGGUGAUCUUGGUGAGAAUUGCCAGCAUUUGAUCGACUACUUUGGGAGAAUUCCGGGCACUCCGGAGCUGCUGGAGGGCUACAACCCCGCCACUUGGAUGCUCGAAUGUAUCGGUGCUGGAGUAGGCAACAACGCAACGAAUGAUGUUGACUUUGUUCAGUAUUUCAACGAGAGUGAAGAGAAGCGAGUUUUGGACUUAAAUCUCAAUAAGGAAGGCGUCGCAUUCCCGUCUCCUGGUGUCUCCGAAAUGACCUUCAGUCGUAAGCGUGCUGCCUCGUCAUGGACUCAAGCUCGCUUCCUCAUCACUCGCUUCAUGCGGAUUUACUGGCGUACACCAUCGUACAACAUCACACGGUUCAUCAUCGCGAUUAUUCUGAGUCUCCUGUUCGGAUUGCUGUUCGUCGAUGUAGACUACACGAGCUACCAGGGACUCAAUGGAGGCGUGGGUAUGAUCUUCUCGGUUGCUCUGUUUAACGGUAUCAUCUCGUUCAACAGCGUUCUCCCCAUUACGUCGGAGGAACGCGCUUCAUUCUACCGAGAACGCGCGUCUCAAAGCUACAAUGCUCUCUGGUAUUUUGUGGGCUCUACGGUGGCUGAAAUCCCCUAUAGCUUCUCCAGCGCUCUACUCUUUAUGGUCAUUUGGUAUCCGAUGGCGGGUUUUACGGGAUUUGGUACGGCUGUGUUCUUCUGGAUCAACAUGGGAUUCUUUAUCUUGGUGCAGAUCUACAUGGGGCAGUUCUUCGUGUACUUGUUGCCGAGUAUUGAGGUCGCUGCGAUCAUGGGCGUAUUACUGAACUCGAUCUUCAUCUUGUUCAUGGGUUUUAAUCCACCAGCGACGGAAAUUCCGAGUGGCUACAAGUGGUUGUAUGCUAUUACCCCCCACACUUAUAGCGUCGGCAUCAUGGGCGCUCUGGUGUUCAGCGACUGCGACAACAUGCCGACGUGGGAUGAAGCAACACAGCAGUACGUCGGUGGCGGAUCUCAACUGAGUUGUCAGCCUGUGACGAGCACCCCAGUUAACAUCGACCACAUUACAGUCAAGGAAUACGUCGAGACGGUCUUCAAACUCAAGCACGACGAUAUCUGGCGCAACUUUGGUAUCGUUUUGGUCUUCAUUGUAGUGUUCCGAAUGCUCACUCUGCUUUCGCUGCGCUUCAUCAACCACCAGAAGAGAUAAAGUGCAGGUUUAUACUCGCUAUCUCAGUGAAUUUUGUUUUUAAUGAUAUCCGUUGGUGUUGCUCUUAGC